GUGUCCUUCCCAUAGGGCAUUGUGAGCAAUAAUUAAUUUUGGAAUAGAAAUCCUCUUCUCAUUUUGGGUCCUUUUGUUUAUUGCUUUGAGUUGAAAUCCCAGGUUUUUGCCUAUUCAGGCUACUAUAUAAAUGGCAAACAAUUCCAUUGGUCUUUAUCUCUCAUUCAUCUCCUCCCUUUUCAAGAAGUCAUGGUGGGAGAUAUGGGAGACUGGAAAGCUGCCUCAAAUCUAGCUCAUGUGGAUAGGGUACAAGAUAUAUGCCUGAAAAGGAAGUUAGAGGAUAAGAAGGUCAGAUUGUUUGGUUUUGAGGUGGAUUCCUAUGUUCCAAAGGAGGAGCAAGAUAUCAAUGCCUGCUUCAAAAGAUCCAAGGGAAUUGAGACUUGCCAAACAGUUGAAGUAGGAGACGAUCAAUCAUCAAGUAACAUCUUGGAACAAAAUGAGAGGCUAGAUGAGGCGAGAUCCGGGUCGAAUGAGAGGGAGGACAAGAAAUACGAGUGUCAAUAUUGUUUCAGAGAGUUUGCUAAUUCUCAAGCUUUAGGUGGUCAUCAAAAUGCACACAAGAAGGAGAGGCAAAAGAACAAGAGAUUGCAGCAGCUUCAAGCUAGGCGAAAUACUCUGAAUUGUUUCCUUGAGCCUUACCAGAGUUAUGGCUCUAGCUAUCAUUCCAGCAUGCCAUGGUUCUAUGAUGCUUACUAUGCACCUGGUUUUACCAUCAUUGGAGAGAAACCUUCGACUCCGAUACUUUUAGAAAGUUCCGUUGAUUACAUGGCUCUUGAUCAAAAUUUCAAGGGAUUUCACUUUUCAAGUUCAUUGACACCGAACGAGUCUCCUGCGCAUGACUUGUGUAAGUCUAGGCUGGUGCAGAGCACAGACUCUAGAGAAUGCCCCGAAACUAGGCCUCUUGUCAUUAAGCCUAGCCCUUCUUCAAUUAAAAAGCGAGUCCUCGGAAGUUUGGAUCUUCAAUUGGGGCUAACCAUGCAUUAGCCUUUCUGUUAGUAGUACAUUUUUUAUGAUUUUGUAAUUUGUUAAUGAUUUAUAUGUUUUAUGUGGAUUGAGCUUUCCCUCCCUCGACUAAACUUGCAUUUCAGGUUUCUUAGUUCCUUGUAGGGUGAAUUAGCUGUUAGGGGUUAUGACACAAGGGCCACAGCACUGUGGUUCAUGGCUUGCCCUGAUCAAAAGCCCUGUUAACUGUUUAAAGCCAAUUAGGAUUGUCUGUCCACUCUCCAAUCUUCAUUAUAACUGUACGACAGAACAUAAAUUUGUUCAACGAUAGAUUGAGGUUUCCGUCGACUAAACUUGCAUUUCAUGUUUCUUAGUUCCUUGUAUGGUGAAUUAGCUGUUAGGGGUUAUGACACAAGGGCCACAGCACUGUGGUUCAUGGCUUGCCCUGAUCAAAAGCUGUGUUAACUGUUUAAAGCCAAUUAGGAUUGUCUGUCCAC